UUCAUUUUCUUCUUCUUUGGUGGUAAAUAGACAGCAGCCAACGGUAUUUUAGCUUCAUUAUCACCACCGCAUGGACAUAUUUUCCGUGUACCACUGCAAUGCAUUGUGGGAUACAGGGAGCUCCGGAGUGACCAUCGUUUUUCACUCGAUCACUGAGCCCUCUGAGGGUCCAUCUCACCAAGUUCACUUCGCUGUUUUGGGAAUUGGAACGGCCCUUAAGAUGGCGGCGGGGAUUCCCCCAGGGGGCGGUGGCCAGGGCAAGUGAGCGAGGGCUUAUUUAAACCGCGAUUGAAACGCAGCCUCGGUCUUGUCAGGUGACGUAACGCUUGCAACAGCUGCAGCGCAUUGUGGGUAGAAUCGCCAUUUUGGAGGGUCACUUGUUGUAAACAACUGAAUAGUGAGAAUCGUCUUUGCUUUCAUCAUUGUCUUUGAUAAAAUGGGACACUGGUGUUGUGUGAAAGGCUGCCGUGCUAGAUCACACGACAAAAAUGGCUGUAAAGUUGACCACGACGUAAGAUUUUUUCGUUUCCCCACUUGGAAAAAAGGUUAUGGACAGCAGGUUGAGGAACUAACGAAGCGGCGUCGGAUGGCCUGGGUCGCAGCGGUGAGACGGAAGGGCAUUACUUUCGACACCAUGUCUCCCUUCCUGCGUGUUUGCUCUCGGCAUUUUCAUAAAGGUGAACCAGCUUAUGAAAUGAUGGAGAAUGACCCAGACUGGGCACCAUCCCUACAUCUGGGACAGACAUCUGUUACACCGACAAACACUGCACGCUCCGCAAGAGGAAGUUGGCGUAAGCUGCUACGGACAGAGACACUGCAGGAACCAGAGAUGGUGGUCCAGCAGGAUGCAAACAUUGAAGAGCUGCAGACCAAGGAGGGACCAUCUGAGCCUGGUGAAAUGAGCAAUCACCAACAGAAUGAGGAGGGGACACCUGAUGCUGGCAAACUUGGCAAACAAAUGCGUGAUGCCGGCACCCAGUGGCCAGAUCUGGAAGACCACAACUACUUUUCCACAAUGCCAACAAAGAACUGCGCAACACAAACAGAUCCUGCACCAUCAUUCUCAGCCUAUGAUUUGGAAAACAACUACGUCACUGAACAAAAUCUUCACCUUCUGGAGCAUGAUUACCCCCAACUUCAACAGGAGGAGGGUUAUGAGAUGGUGUACGUCAAACAGGAGGCGGAACCAGAAACCCCCUACAUUAAAGAAGAAGAACAGGAAGAAGAAAUUACCAAUUUUCCAAUGACUUUCAAUGUGAAAAUUGAAGAGGAUGACGGUCCGAGCGGAGCAGCGCAACCUUGGAGCGACAGCUCAUUUCAACACCUUACAACAAAAGAUGUCGCUGAAGAAAGUCUUCACUCUAUGAAUCACGAUCCCCCCCACAUUAAACAGGAAGAGGAGUUCGAGAUGGUGUACAUCAAACAGGAGGCGGAGCCAGAGACCUCCUACAUUAAAGAAGAACAGAAAGAGGAAAUUACCAAUUUUCCAAUAACCGUCAGUGUAAAAAUUGUAGAGGAUGAAGCUCCAAGCGAUGAGAGCGGAGCAGCGAACCCUUUGAGCGACAGCUCAUAUCAACACCUGACAACAAAAGGUGAGGGACAAUCUCAACCGGACGGCCUCUCGGACAGCGACGAAGUAACAUCACACUCUUCUGACACUGACACUGAUAUCGAGGACGCUGACCAAAAUGCUUCGAAAUACUUAAAUAAGUCAUCAUCGAAAAGAAAGACCAAACAGCGCGUGGGUGCAAAACCUUUCGCCUGCUCAUUUUGCUAUAAAAGAUUUCGUCGGAAGUAUAAGUUAACAACACACACACGUACACACACCGGGGAUAAGCCUUUUCUCUGCACGCGUUGUGGUAAAAGUUUCACCCAAAAUGGAAAUUUAAACCGACACAUAAGAACACACACUGGAGAGAAGUCUUUCGCCUGCUCUUAUUGUGAAAAACGAUUUGGUCGUAAGCAACAGUUAACCAUACAUACACGUAUUCACACCGGGGAAAAACUUUUUCCCUGCACUGUUUGUGGCAAAAGUUUUAUUCGGAAACAACUGUUAACAACACACAUGAAUACCCACACUGAAGAAAAACCUUUUCUCUGCACAAUUUGUGGUAUAAGAUUCACAAAGAAGGGAAGUUUAAACAAUCACAAAAGAACACACGCUGGAGAGAAGCCUUUCGCAUGCUCAUUUUGCAAUAAAAGAUUUUAUUUUAAGAGGCUUUUGAAAAAACACGCGCGUAUACACACUGGUUAGAAGCAUUUUGUCUGCUCACUUGGCAGUGAAAGAUUCGCUCAGAAAGGAAAUUUAGUGUUGCACACAAGAAAACACUAAGGAAACACUUUUCAAUUGCGAUGUGUGACAAAAUAUUCUGUAUUCUGCUAUACAUUUACCGUGGAAAAAGCAUGUCAAUAUCCAUGUUCAGUUUAUCUUAAGCCUCGUUUGGAAAAAGUUGAUUGAAAUUUUGGAGAAUCUAUUUUUUUCCCCCUGCAGACUAUGUCUUGAAAGGUGCUUUGAAAUAUUUUGUAUUAUUAUUUGAAAUAUUUUGACUCUGCCCUUAAAUGUUUUUUUACUUUUCAAACUUUUGUCUAAAUGGUUUCAGGGAAGGCGUCUUUAUUAGUUGUGCAUUGUUAUAUUUUGACCUUUGUAUUAUUAAAUAUAUUUGUUCACAA